AUGGCUACUCAGUCUCAGCUCCCUACCGUCCCAGAAGAGGUCACGGCCUCCUGGCUUUCGGAAGUACUCAAGGUUAAUGUAAAAUCGACAGAGUUGACAAAAAUAUUGCCCGGUACCGCCACCAAGCUCUACGUUAACGUCAAGUAUGAGGAUGGUGUAGAGACGGAUAAGGCGAUACUGAGGUCUGCUGACCUCUGUAUCAAGGGUGGGUUUAACCCAGGCUUUAUCGAACAAGUACCCUGGGUCAUCAUGAUAUAUCAACGUGAGGUGGAAUUUUUUAAUCGUGUGGCUCCAUCCCUCGGUCAUAUUGAUAUCCCCAAAAGUUGGUGGGCGGGAUAUAAUUCUAGGCAAGGUAUCGUGAUAAUGGAUGACCUUUCUCAAAGAUGUGAGUUUGGAAAGCCUACGGAGGCAUGGCCUGUCACGCGGGUGCUUGCUGGUAUUGAACAGCUUGCGGCAUUGCACGCGUCGACUUGGGGUGUUAAACCAACGGACUACGCCUGGCUCACAUCAGAUUACGAUCAAGCUAUCUUAACUCUGAUGCAGACAUUCGACGACGUCGUGCAUGGCCCAGAACGACCAGCAGUACAUGACUACCUCAAAGAUCAAAAACGCAUCACCGAGGUUCUAAAGAAACACUUUGCUUCAAGAAACCCCAAGUUCCGGUGUUUAUUACAUGGCGACCCUCAUACUGGAAACACUUAUCUCGAAAAAGGUGCGCCUCGGUUCCUUGACUGGCAGAUAAUUCAUAUCGGAUCGGCUUUUCACGACGUGGCCUACUUCAUCGGUGGUGCUUUGAGCAUCGAGGAUAGAAGGACUCACGAGUACAGAGUUUUAGAUCACUAUCUCGCUACACUGGAGAAACUAGGCGGCCCUACAUUCUCGAGCAGGGACGAUGAUGUCUUGCAAGAAUAUCGCAAGUCAUUCUUGGCGGGAAUCGGCUGGAUAAUGUGCCCUUAUGAGAUGCAGGCUAAAGAGUGUGUUGACGCUAUGGCCAAGCGAUACUCGGCAGCACUGGAUGAUCAUAGAACUAUAGACCUUGUGGAAUCUCUGACUGACGUUUAA